ACACAGCAGGAACAAGUCUCCACCUGCCUGCUGUCGGAUCCAAUAGUCCAGACAUCGCAAGCUCUCAGGCCGAGAGUGGGGAUAGUUGGUGGGUCGAGAGACGUGUUCUUCUGGAAUGGGAGGUGUGAGAUGGAUAUUGGAGUUGCUCCCUCUUCAAUCGUUGUGUUGCCUGGACCUGCCCACCUACCUUGUCUUCCUGGUGGUCUUCCUUGGGCUGGCGGCCCUGAGGAGGAGCUGGGUGGUCCGUCAUCUCCCCCCUGGACCGCCCAUGUGGAGCCUGGCCGCUAACGUCUUCCUCGGGUCCAAGGCGCCCCAUCUGGCCAUGACGGAGCUUUCCCAACAGUACGGGAACAUUAUGACCUGUUACAUCUUCUGCAUGCCUAUGGUUGUACUCAACGGAUUCCAGAUCAUUCAAGAGGCCCUCGUCCAACAUGGAAGAGAAUUUGCUGAUCGCCCCUAUAUUCCGCUACUGGAGGACCUCUCGAAAGGCCAAGGCAUCAUUUUUGCCCACUACGGGAGGUCCUGGAAGCAGCAGCGUAGGUUUACACUGACAGUGCUGAGAAAUUUUGGAUUGGGCAAAAUCGCCUUUGAAGAGAAAAUUCUGGAAGAGGUCCAGUAUUUGACUAAAGUCUUCAAAGCAUCAGAAGGUCGACCUUUCAACCCGGGUUCUAAGAUCACCAGCGCCGUUUCCAACGUGAUCUGCUCCAUAGUCAUGGGCAAACGCUUCCACUACGAAGAUAAGACGUUCACGAGGCUGAUGGAACUGUUUGAGGAGAGCCUGGUGCUUCAGACUACUGUCUGGGCGAUGUUGUACUCCGUGGUGCCCUUCUUCCGACAUUUUCCUGGACCCCAUCAGAGGAUAUUCAAGAACCAGCGCUCCAUUGAAGCCACCCUUCAGGUCUUCAUCAACCAACACCGGGAGACUUUGAGCGGUGAAACCAUCCGAGAUUUUAUUGACGCGUACCUGCUGGAGAUGGAAAAGGAAGAGGGAUCUCAGACAUCCUGCAUGACGGAGGGAAACCUACUCAAUAACGUUACUGACCUGUUCCUCGCUGGCACCGAAACGACCACAAACACUCUCCAGUGGGGUCUGCUAAUCAUGAUGGCUUACCCUGACAUACAAGAGAGAUGCCAGCGGGAGAUAGCCGAAGUGAUCGGGUGGUCCCGUACCGCGAGCAUGGAGGACGGGCCCAACAUGCCAUACCUCAGCGCCGUCAUCCACGAGCUCCAGAGGUUUGCCAACAUCUUGCCGUUAGCCGCAGGACACACGACCCUCGAGGACGUUACCUUCCGGGGAUACCGGUUGAAGAAGAAAACAAUGGUCAUCAUAAACCUGUCAUCUGCUUUAAUGGAUGAAACACAGUGGAAGUACCCAAAAGAAUUCAAUCCAGAGAACUUUCUGAACGAGAAGGGGGAAUUUUUCAAGCCGGACGCAUUUGUUCCAUUUUCAAUGGGACUGCGAGCCUGCCCAGGUGAGAAGCUGGCCAAGAUGGAGCUCUUCCUGUUCUUCACCUCUCUGCUUCGUGACUUCCAGUUUUACUGGCCCGACCCGGCCACCACUCCCAGCCUGCAGCCCGUGUACAAGAUCGCGCUCAGCCCACGGCCCUACAAGCUGGGGAUAAGGUGCAGAAAGUCUCCCGAUAAUGGGGAGACACUUCCAACUGACACUCGAGAUGGCUUCCGGGACCACGCUGGAUUGGAAUAGAGACUACCUGUCUACCUGGCCCAGCCGUUCCUGUAGACUGUCUAGACAAGUCUCGGACCCAUUCUCUACCUUUCCUUCACAAUGCAUUGCAAGAUAAUCAUGUCGCUUGGUCAGUAAAUUGUCCCGAAUGAGUAGGAUAUAACUGGUGUACGAGUGAUCUUGGUCAGCACGGCCUCGGUGGGCCGAAGGGCCAGUUUCCAUGCAGUAAAACCAAACUUAAACUACCUGCCCCACCUGGCUAGGCCAAGCCUUGGACUAAUUCUCUAUCUUACCUUCAAGGCCUCUUGGUGUGCGAUUUGUCAAAGACUUGCAACACAGUGGUGCUGCAGGUGGAGCUGCUGCCUUGCAGCACCAGAGACCCAGGUUCCAUCCUGAC